UCCCCAAUUAUGUUUUCAAUGUAUGUAAAUGACUUUGAAAAUGACUUUAUUGCUAACGGUGUUAAACCGUAUGAUUUUGGAGAACUCAGUCUCUUUUUAUUAAUGUAUGCGGAUGAUUUGGUGCUACUUGCAGAAUCAGCCAAUGAGCUACAGAAUAUGUUAAAUAGUUUGUCUAUAUAUGCGAACUCAUGGAAAUUGACCGUUAAUACGGCAAAAACUAAGAUUGUUGUCUUUAGAAAUGGAGGCCGCUUACGAAAUAACGAGGAAUGGUUCUUCGAUAGAAAAAAAAUAGAAGUCGUUGAACAGUUUACUUAUCUAGGUAUUGAUUUUAAAUGGAACAAUAAAUUUAAUAUUGUACAAAAGCAAUUAUCCGGGCAAGGUCGAAAGUCAGUAUUUGCCUUAUAUACAAAAUGUAAAAAUAUGAAUUUAAACUGCCAUACUUUGAUUAAACUUUUUGACACAUAUGUUACCAGUAUACUGUGUUACGCAUCUGAGGUAUGGGGCUCGUGCAAAGGCAUAGAUAUUGAGAAAGUUCACCUGGAAUUUUGCAAAAGGAUAUUAUGUGUUAAGAAGUCAACAUGUAAUGUAAUGAUCUAUUUUGAAUUGGGUAGAUUUCCGAUUGUACAUACCAGACACUAUAAUUUAAUUAAGUACUGGUUCAAGCUUUUAAAUACUAAGAACUGUGUUCUUAAAACUGCCUAUGAUGAACUCAUGUAUAUGCCAAAGCGAAAUACUGUUUUUAAUUGGGUAACUUUUGUGAAAGACAAACUUUUUUCACUCGGUCUUGGCGAAGUGUGGCUGAAUCAAAAUAAUGUGAACUCGUCUGAAACUGGGAGAUAUCGAAACAUUGUAAGAAAUGAACGUAUAUGCAGAAUUUGUAACUCUGAAGAUAUUGAAGACGAAUACCAUUUUUUGUUCAUUUGUCCAUUUUAUCAAGUUUUAAGAUAA